AGGACUUACAGCUUCCUUCACUGCCUUCCGAGCCAACACCCCCACCCCCAAAAGUUGUGAUGCUUUUCUUUACUCAGUGCUUUGGGGCUGUGCUGGAUCUCAUUCACCUCCGCUUUCAACAUUACAAGGCUAAGCGGGUUUUCUCUGCGGCUGGGCAACUUGUCUGUGUAGUCAACCCCACACACAACCUAAAGUAUGUGUCCAACAGACGGGCCAUCACCCAGAACACCACGGAGCAAGGCAGCUUCCACCCUCACCACCUCCCCCACCAUCACCGCCACCACCACCGCCACCACCACCUGCGGCACCAUGCCCGCCCCCACCUCCUCCACCACCAGGAGGUAGGGCUGCAUGCCACCCAGGUGACGUCCUGUAUGUGCCCCUUGUUCUCAUGCCAGUGGGAAGGCCACCUGGAGGUGGUAGUUCCCCACCUGCGGCAGAUCCACAGGGUUGACAUCCUCCAGGGUGCAGAGAUCGUCUUCCUGGCCACAGACAUGCAUUUGCCCGCACCAGCGGACUGGAUCAUCAUGCACUCCUGCCUCGGCCACCACUUCCUGCUGGUGCUCAGGAAGCAGGAGAGGCAUGAAGGGCACCCCCAGUUCUUUGCCACCAUGAUGCUGAUCGGGACGCCCACCCAGGCUGACUGCUUCACCUACCGUCUGGAGCUCAACAGAAACCAUCGUCGUCUCAAAUGGGAGGCCACCCCACGGUCUGUCCUCGAAUGCGUGGACUCAGUCAUCACUGAUGGGGACUGCCUGGUCCUCAACACCUCUCUGGCCCAGCUCUUCUCUGACAAUGGCAGUCUCGCUAUAGGAAUCGCCAUCACUGCAGCAGAGGUCCACACCACAGAAGCCGAGAUGUGAGGCCAGGAGAUGCUGGA